CGGGAUUGGUGGAGAUCCGGUCACGUGCUAAGCCCGGAGGCCGGAACCGGGCAGGUGGUGGGAAGCGCAGGGUUUUGACACAAACAAACGGCGACGGCGCUGCCGCAGGGUCUAUGGCCGAGGCGGUGAGGCCCCCGCGCCGGGCCAAGGCCAAGGCCAGCCGGACUAAAACGAAGGAAAAGAAGAAAUCUGAAACCCUUCAGAGGGAAGAAUCUGAUGCAGUCUCCCUUCCAAAAACUUCCAGAGAGCUGGAAAUCCCUACUCCAGCUUGUGAAUUCAAAGGAGACUGUCUGAAAGUGUUAACUGAGUGCCAGCUCCAGAAUGCUGCCAGUGGACAAAACGAGAGUGAGAUGUUUGAAGUACCACUCACCUCCCUGACUAUAAGCAAUGAAGGGUCCCUGACGCGGAACACAGAGACCCUAAAGGAAGGGGAGGAGGUCAGAGCCUGUGUUGGGGACGACGCAAUGAAGGUCGACUCUGGAGACAACGUUGGAACCAAAGUAGAAAUCCCCAAGAACUUUCCAGAAGUAGAGGAAAAUGAAUUGUUACAGUGUGGACCUUCUGGAGGCACCUCACAAUCUAAUUUUUCUUACUCUCAGCAGGAAAUGGAAAAUUUACAGGUCAGAGAAACUCAGAAAAAGAAAGCAGACAAACAAGCCUUGGGUCUUUCUUCAGAGGUGCUACAUAAUGUUGGCUUGCAGAGUUCUUGUGAAGCCAAAGACAUUUUUCAGCCACCUAGAGUGAAAAAACUGUAUCCUCAGUUGCCAGCCGAAAUUGCUGGAGAAGUACCAGCUUUGGUGGCAGCGAAACCCUUGUUUCGGAAUGAGCGACUCUACCCAGAGCUCCCAUCUCAACCAGAACUCAUACCAUUUACUAAAGAACAGCUAAAAAUCUUUGAACCUGGUUCAUGGCUGGAAAAUGUUGAAUCGUAUUUAGAAGAAUUUGACAGCAUGGCUCAUCAGGACAGGCAUGAAUUUUAUGAGUUGCUUUUGAACUACUCACGAUGUAGGAAGCAGCUGCUGCUGGCUGAAGCUGAGCUACUUGCUCUGACUUCUGAUUGCCAAAAUGCAAAAAGCCGACUGUGGCACUUUAAGGAGGAACAGCUGUCUGUGCAGGGUAUCUGUGCAGAUCAAGUGAAGGUUUCAGGCUAUCACCGCUUCCAAAGAGUAGAGAUGAAUGAAAAUGCACUGGGGGAGCUAAAGAAGCUAUUUGAUGCCAAAUCUGAGCACCUCCAUCAGACCCUUGCUCUGCAUUCGUACACUUCUGUGCUCUCAAAAUUGCAAGUGGAGUCGUACAUUUAUGCCUUACUCAAUAGUUCAGCUCUUCUGAGAUCUUUAGCAGUUCAAGGCCGAGCUUGUAAACAGACAGAAAGCUUUCCUUCUGACCUGUGUCAACUAAAGGAGUGCAUUAGUGUCUUAUUCAUGUUCACCAGGAGAGUUAAUGAAGAUGCUCAGUUCCAUGACGAUAUUCUUCUCUGGCUGCAGAAAUUGGUGUCAGUGUUACAAAGAGUUGGCUGUCCUGGAGAUCACUUCUUCCUUUUAAACCAUAUUCUUCGAUGCCCAGCUGGUGUUAGUAAAUGGGCUGUUCCUUUCAUACAGAUCAAAGUGUUGAAUAACCCAUCAGGGGUCUUUCAUUUUAUGCAGUCCCUUGCCCUGCUAAUGUCUCCUGUCAAGAAUCGAGCAGAGUUCCUGUGCCACAUGAAGCCCAGUGAGCAGAAGCCAUCCACCUCGGGGCCUGCAUCUGGGACAUGGACUCUAGUAGAUGAGGGAGGAGAAGAGGAUGAAGACCCUGAGACCAGUUGGCUUCUCCUUAAUGAAGAUGACUUGGUUAUCCUUUUAUCACAGUUUCCGUUCCAUGAACUCUUUCAGCAUCUUCUUGGGUUUAAAGCAAAAGGUGAUUAUUCACCUGAAACAACAAGACCUCAAGAGAUGAUGAAAAUUUUUGCCUUUGCUAACUCACUAGUGGAGCUUCUGGCUGUGGGGUUAGAAACCUUUAAUAGAGCACGCUACAGGCAGUUUGUGAAGCGAAUUGGUUAUAUGAUCAGGAUGACCCUGGGUUAUGUGAGCGAUCAUUGGGCACAGUUUGUGAGCUACAACCGAGGUCUGGGUCUGGCCCAGCAGCCCUAUUCUCUGGAGAAACUACAGGUUGAAUUUGAUGAGCUGUUUUUGAGAGCUGUCCUACAUGUGCUGAAAGCCAAAAGACUUGGCAUUUGGCUGUUUAUGUCAGAGAUGCCCUUUGGAACGCUGUCCGUCCAGAUGCUCUGGAAGCUCUUCUACCUCAUGCACCAGGUGGAGAGUGGGAAUCUGGAGAAGCUCUGCAUCACUCUCCUGCCUGCUGAGUGCAAGAAGCAGCUCCAAGACCCAGAACAUUUUGUGAAUUUCGAGAAGUGUCUUUCUUCCAUGAAUAGCUCAGAAGAAAUAUGCCUUCUGACUACAUUUGCUCAGAUGGCUCAGGCCAGAAGAACCAAUGUGGAUGAAGACUUCAUAAAAAUUAUUGUUCUGGAGAUAUAUGAGGUAUCUUAUGUCACCCUGUCUACCAGAGAGACUUUUUCAAAGGUUGGUCGGGAGCUCUUAGGCGCCAUCACAGCUGUUCACCCUGAGAUAAUUUCUAUCCUUUUGGAUCGAGUUCAAGAAACCAUUGACCAGGUGGGAAUGGUUUCUUUAUACUUGUUUAAAGAACUGCCUUUGUAUCUCUGGCGACCAUCUGCCCCUGAGAUAGCCGUCAUUCGGGAUUGGUUACUGAAUUAUAACCUGACAAUGGUGAAGAAUAAAUUGGCCUGCGUUAUUCUAGAAGGACUAAAUUGGGGAUUUGGUGACCAGGGUACCCUUCAUCUGGAUCAAGCAGUCCAUGCUGAAGUGGCUUUAAUGAUUCUUGAAGCAUACCAGAAAUACCUUGCACAGAAGCCAUAUGCUGGACUUCUUUCUGAAAGUAUGAAGCAGGUUUCAUAUUUGGCCAGUAUUGUUCGAUAUGGAGAGACACCUGAGACCUCAUUUAACCAGUGGGCCUGGAACUUGAUCUUGAGGUUAAAACUGCACAAAAAUGAUUAUGGAAUACAGCAGAAUUGUCCAGCUGUGCCCUUCUCCAGCACUGUGCCUGACAUGACGGAGUCCCCCACGUUUCAUCCUCUCCUGAAGGCUGUUAAGGCAGGCAUGCCCAUCGGCUGUUAUCUGGCCUUAGCUAUGACAGCCAUGGGCCACAGCAUUGAGAAGUUCUGUGCCGAAGGCAUCUCACUGUUGGGAAUUCUGGUCCAAUCGAGGCAUUUGAGAACAGUGGUUCAUGUCCUGGAUAAGAUCCUGCCUUUGUUCUACCCUUGCCAGUAUUACCUUCUGAAGAACGAGCAGUUUCUGUCACACCUCCUCUUGUUCCUACACUUGGACAGUGGUGUCCCUCAGGGGGUCACACAGCAGGUCACCCACAAGGUGGCGCAGCACCUGACAGGAGCCACCCAUGGGGACAACGUGAAGCUUCUCAACAGCAUGAUCCAGGCUCACAUAUCCAUAAGCACUCAGCCCAACGAAGUGGGUCCCGUUGCUGUGUUAGAGUUCUGGGUUCAGGCUCUAAUAAGCCAGCAUCUUUGGUACCGAGAACAACCCAUCCUCUUCCUUAUGGACCACUUGUGUAAAACAGCUUUUCAGCUGAUGCAGGAAGACUGUGUGCAGAAGUUGCUCUACCAGCAACAUAAGAAUGCUUUGGGUUACCACUGUGACCGGAGUCUGCUCUCUUCUUUGGUGAGCUGGAUUGUGGCUGGCAACAUCACUCCUUCCUUCGUGGAGGGCUUGGCCACACCCACUCAGGUCUGGUUCGCCUGGACAGUACUGAACAUGGAGUCCAUCUUUGAAGAAGACUCCCAGCUCCGAAGAGUUGUAGAAGGGGAACUGGUUAUAAACUCUGCUUUUACCCCUGACCAAGCUCUGAAGAAAGCCCAGGCCCAGCUGAAGCUCCCCAUCAUCCCAUCCCUCCAGAGGCUGCUGAUUUAUCGUUGGGCCCACCAGGCCCUUGUCACACCUUCUGAUCACCCUCUUCUGCCUCUCAUUUGGCAGAAGUUCUUCCUUCUGUAUCUUCACCGCCCAGGACCACAAUACGGGUUACCCAUUGAUGGUUGUAUUGGAAGAAGGUUUUUUCAAAGCCCUGCUCAUAUCAGUUUGUUGAAAGAAAUGAAGAGACGCCUGACAGCAGUGGCUGACUUCCACCAUGCUGCGAGCAAAGCCCUCCGCGUUCCAGCAGAGGGCAGUGAAGGGCCGCCUGGCAGCCAGGCUGGCACCCCUGGCUAUCUGACUUCACCAGAACUGCACACAGAGCUCGUGAGGCUCUUCAAUGUGUAUAUAUUGUGGCUAGAAGAUGAGAAUUUUCAAAAAGGAGAUACCUAUAUCCCUUCUCUACCAAAGCAUUACGAUAUUCACAGGCUAGCAAAAGUGAUGCAGAAUCAGCAGGAUCUGUGGAUGGAGUAUUUGAACAUGGAGCGCAUACGUUAUGAGUUCCAGGAAACUGUUGGUCUGUGGACACAGGCCACACUUGAAUCCCAUUCUCCACCCUGCAGUUCAUCGGUGCAGCUGGACGUCACUGAUCCUUCAUUGGCUAAAGAAAGGGUUUUAAGUAACUUGCGGAAGCAUGAGGCUCCCCAGCCCCCCCUUGAUCUGCACCCAGUGAGGCCUCCUGUGCCAGUUAUUUCCUCAGCCGUGCUCCUGAGUCAGAAGGACGCCACCCAGCUGGUGCACACGGACCUGAAUCUGUUGCAGCAGCAGGCCAGAACUGCAGCUCUUCGAGAAUCUCAGCAGGUUGCCCUGGAUAGUGAGCUGUUGGACACAAUGCCCAAACAGUAUGUUAACAGAGAAGAACAGACCACAUUGCAUUUGGAGUGUAGAGGCAGCAGCGGUAAGAAAUGCCAAGGGCCAGCAGUUGUCACAGUUCAGUUUGAAGGUAUGCAUAAGAAUGAAGCAAUAAGUCAGCAGCUUCAUGUUUUGCGAAAAGAAGUGAAGCAGUUGCAAGCUGAAGCUGCUAAACCACCAUCACUUAAUGUUGUGGAAGCUGCUGUUCAUGCAGAAAACUUGAUUACGGCCUUAGUGAAUGCCUACAAGUUGCAGCCUACCCCUGGGGUUCAGAAGGUUGGCAUUACCCUCUUCUUUACUGUUGUGGAUUAUGUCAGUGACGAGACUCAGCGUCAUCCUCCCACAAGGCAGUUCUUUACAUCAUGCAUUGAGAUCUUGGGACAGGUGUUUAUCAGCGGCACUAAGUCAGAGUGCAAAAGAGUGCUGGAGACCAUUCUGAAGAAUAGAAGGCUCUGCUCUCUGCUGUCUCCUUUCUUCACUCCCAAUGCUGCACCUGCAGAAUUCAUUCAACUCUAUGAGAAAGUGGUGAAGUUUCUAAGUGAGGACAACAGUGAUAUGAUUUUCAUGCUGCUGACCAAGUUCGAUCUUAAGCAAUGGUUAAACACCACUAAACCUCCUCUGUCUGAUCGUACCAGGCUUCUGGAGUCCAUUCAUUUGGCACUUACUGCCUGGGGCCUCGAACCAGAUGAAGAUAUUUUGAUGCCAUUUAAUCUUUUCUGUAAGCACUGGACUUACCUUCUUCUCUACCAGUUCCCUGACCAGUACAGUGACAUUCUCAGGCUGCUGAUGCAAAGCUCCGCUGAGCAGCUGCUGAGCCCUGAGUGUUGGAAAGCCACUCUGCGAGCCCUGGGCUGCUGUGCUCCCGACUGCCAGCAAGGGGCAGCUUCUGCAGAGAGUGCAGUGCUUCAAAGCUCUCCAGCCGUUCUCUUGUCUGACAAACAGGUCAUGGAGACUAUACAGUGGCUUUCAAACUUUUUUUAUAAGCUUCGGUUAUCCACAUUGGACUUUAAAAGCUUUGGUUUGUUCUCAAAAUGGAGUCCUUACAUGGCUGAUAUGAAGACACUUUUGGGCUAUCUUGUGAAACGGCUGCUUGACUCAGAAAUGGCCUGCUUGGCUCAAGAUCCAUCUGCCAGCAGCAAAACAGUGCUGAGAUGCCUACAUUCAAUAAUCAUCCAGCUCUUUAAGCCAUGGAUCUUGGUUUUAGAGGGCAAUGAAAGCAGCCAACGGCAUUACCCCUGGCUGGAGAGUGAUGCUAUGGUGGCCUUAAGCAUUGUGCAGCUGUUCACCAACUGUAUUGACUCCUUGCACGAGAGUUUUAAAGAUAAGCUGUUGCCAGGUGAUGAAGGAGCCCUCAGGUUACACCUGAUGCAUUAUUGUGAAGCAUGUACAGCACCCAGAAUGCCAGAGUUCAUUCUGUACGCGUUCCAUAAUGCCUACCGGAAGCUCCCAUGGAGGGACCUGUACCCUGACCAGAUGCUCAUGGAGGCCUUCUUCAAGGUGGAACGAGGAAGCCCCAAGAGCUGCUUCUUAUUUUUGGGGUCUGUCCUGUGCGAAGUCAACUGGGUUAGUGUGCUCUCUGAUGCCUGGAGCCCCAGUCCCCGCCCAGAGACACGGAACAUGAUUGUCUGCCUCCUUUUCAUGAUGAUUUUAUUGGCAAAGGAAGAUCAGCUGGUAGACCAAGCAGAUUCACCUCUCCUGAAUCUCCUUGGACAAACAAGCUCACUCUCGUGGCAUCUUGUGGAUACUGUGUCUUACCAGAGUGUGCUCAGUUACUUCAGCAGCCAUUACCAGCCAGCCACCAUCCUGGCAAAGGAAUCUUCUGCAGAAUUAAUCAUGAAGCUCCUAAGAGUGUCUGCAGGCCUUUCCAUUCCUACUGACAGUCAGAAACAUCUUGAUGCAGUUCCAAAAUGCCGAGCCUUCACUCAUCAGAUGGUUCAGUUCCUCAGCUCACUGGAACAAAAUGGAAAAAUCACCUUAGCAGACCUAGAAAAGGAGAUGUGUAAGCUCUUGGAUGAUAUCAUCGUCUUUAAUCCACCUGACAUGGACAGCCAGACCCGCCACAUGGCCCUCAGCAGCCUCUUUAUGGAAGUCCUAAUGAUGAUGAACAAUGCCACUAUUCCGACAGCAGAGUUCCUCCGGGGCAGUGUGCGGACCUGGAUUGGGCAGAAAGUGCACGGGCUGGUGGUCCUGCCCCUCUUAACAGCAGCCUGUCAGAGCCUGGCUUCUGUCCGCCACAUGGCUGAGACCACAGAAGCCUGCAUUGCUGCCUACUUCAAAGAAGGUUCCCUCAAUCAGAAUUUAGGAUGGGGCCCCAUUCUGGUGUCCCUUCAAGUGCCUGAGCUCACCAUAGAAGAAUUUCUGCAGGAAUGCCUGUCCCUCAGCAGUUACCUGACUCUUUAUGUCUACUUGCUUCAGUGUUUAAAUAGUGAACAGACUCUAAGGAACGAAAUGAAAGUGCUGCUUCUCUUAAGCAAGUGGUUGGAACAGGUGUAUCCAAGCUCCAUGCAGGAUGAGGCCAAGCUGUUCCUGUGGUGGCACCAAGUCCUGCAGCUGUCCCUGAUUCAGACGGAGCAGAGUGACUCAGUCUUGAUAGAAUCUGUCAUUCGAGUUCUGCUCAUGCUUCAGAGCAGGCUGAGUCUGCUGGCCGAGGAGAGGCUCAGCUCUGGGCUGCUGGGGGCAAUUGGGCUGGGCCGGAAGUCCCCCCUGUCUAACAGGUUUCGAGUGGUGGCUCGAGGCAUGGCCGCCUUCCUUUCAGUUCAGGUUCCUUCGGAGGAUCAGAUCCGUUUGAAGCCUGGCUCGGAAUUACAUCUGACCCCAAAAGCUCAACAGGCUCUAACUGCUCUUGAAUCCUUGACCUCAAGUAAGCAGUAUGUUGAAUACCAGAACCAGAUAUCACAAGCUGCACAAUUUAUAAAGCAUCCUGGCCAUUGCCUCCAAGAUGGAAAAAGCUUCCUGGCUCUUCUUGUUAACUGUCUCUAUCCAGAAGUGCAUUAUUUGGACAACAUACGAUAGUAACACUGAGUAUCACAAGAAACCCUAUUGCUGUUUAUGUUUACAUUUAACUUUGCUGUUGCACAAGUAACUUUGCUCAGUCUCACUGCAGAGCUCAGUUUGGCCAAUGAGUUAGUUGCAUCCCGACUGAGAUGCAAGUUGGGAGGCACUAAAUAAUUCUGUCACGCAUGCGCACAUGUGUAUGCGUGUGUAUGUGUGCUUUCUUAGUUCUAGAAACUUCCGGGGGCCUUUUUAGUUUUUAUGUUUACCCAACAAGAAACUUACUAAGUCUCACUUGGGCACAGAGCCACUCUCAGCUGCUGGAUCCCCAGUCACCUCAUAGGACCCCGCCCGGGGCUCUUUUGCAUCCCUGUUUUAUUUAAAUCUCAAGAAUACUGUGCCAGAUCUAACUGCUUUGGGAAUCAUGUAGAACCCUCACUUUCGAAUCCCAUUUAUGUUCCUUCAAGGUGUAAAACAAGCUUUGAAAAUUUCUGCAUUUCUCAAAUAUGGGGAAAUAACACCAGCUUAAAAGUAUCCCUUCCCUCCGAGUGGAGGUAAGAAUGUUGAAUUAAAGCAAGUCAUUGUCUAAAAAGUGGCCACUUGAUCCUGCUUAUAGUGGAUGGCAGAGAUGGUGACAAGUCCAUUCCCAUCCAGCUGUGGUCCUCAUGGAGAAGAUGCCCGUGUCAACCUAGGUGGCAUGUGAUGAGCAGACUGUGCACAGGCGUGUUUUGUUUGAUCCCUUGGUGGAGGGUGGGGUCAUUAUAGACAUAAUCCGUGUUGAGCCUGUCCCAGCCCAUUCCUUCAUUCCCAUGGCUCCCCCAGCCCCUGGAGACACCAAAGUUUGCAACUCUUGGUAGAUAGCAGGCUUGAAAUCUAAAAGCUUUGCUGUCUAGAGAGAGAGACAGUCUGAGACCUUGAUGCUCUGUUCCCUGCUUGUUUCUUCAUCCCACAUCUAAACUCAGAUGAAGUCAGCAUACCUGCUGAAGCCCUGGUCUGUGGAAAAUUGGCUUUUCCCCAUAGCCCUGUGCCUUCUAUUGUUUACAGCUCACUCCUUCCCAACACCCACCUGUAGCCUUGCCUUGUCCUGUUGCCGGCGUCUUGCUCUUAUUGUUUUCCCCGCAGAAUGAGCAGCUUGACUUUUGUCUUCCUCAUUCCCUUGGCUCAGAAUUGAUUUUGUUUGUUCAGCUUGCAUACCAUGUCUUCUGUUCAUAGGCUACUUAUAACCCAAGGAUAUUUAUGUAAAAACAUCUGAACUGAGCUACUAGCAGGGGGUAGGGAUGUAAGUUAACAGAGUGAUUGUCUCUUUUCAGAUACCCUUUUGGAGUGCUUCCCCUGUGUGGAAGGGUACAGGAGCUUUCCUUCCUUUUGAACUUCUCUAGUUGGACAGAACACUCUGCCUCACAGAUGACGAUCACCCCUGUGCAGCCUCCACAUUUGUGGAGGGCACCAGGUGCCAUCUCAAGAGGGGCACGUCACAGAGCUAGCCUGGGUUUGGCUUCUCCCCGUUGUCGACAUCAGUCAGCUUCCCUGUGCUGUGUAAGAAAAUGGUAGAAGCUGUGAGCAGUUUGGUGGCCGGUGUGGCCACAGAGGUUUUGUGACAGGAAGGGUUGUUUUGCGUCUGAGGAAGCUGAAAUUAUUGAUAUCCUAGAAUGUGAAAAUUUUGAGUGACAGUAUGUACAUUUUAAAGAAAAUUAUGAUGAAUCUAUUAAUUUUCAAAGGUUUGUAAUAUUUAUAAUGUGUUUGGUCUGUAAAAAUUAUAAUAAAUAAAAUCACUCUUUGGUUGUA